AUGACAAGGAAAAGAAGGGAAAGUGGUAUGGGUGGUAAAACAGGUAAGGCUAAUACCAAGAAACCUUCCAUUCCACAGAUUUGUGUACCUAUUCUUGUUUCUGGUCUUCCCUCGUGCCUCACUAAUGCUGUUGCUAAGGAAUACAAGGUUGCAUCAAAGAGAUUUCAGGCAUGCUGGCAGUGUUGUCCAUUCCAUUUACUCUGGGGUUCGAAGAUUGUUGAUGCUGAGUGUUUGAAUAACAAAUAUCUAUCACCAAACUAUUUGCAGGAACUCGAGGGUUUGAUAUGA